AAGCAACACGAAAGCAUUCGUGGACUUGGUGUGGGUGAGAGUGGUUCAGGAUAAGGAGUGGGACGGAAAUACCUAUACGUUCUUCUUCUUCAUGUUAACAGGUUUAUAUUACUGGAAUUCUGACUUAUGGAAUAUUUGGAUUGUACGUACUAUCCUUGGGAAUUCAGUUGAGAUGGCUGUAAUGCGACGGAGACGGUAUAUCAUGAAAACAGUCUUGAUAUUUCUAGGAAUUGUGUUAUGUUUUCUGUAUAUUUCUUCUACUUCUCGGCCAGCGGGAAUUGGGGAAGACAAUAGCAAAUUUUACAAAGAAAGACGCUCAGACAAUGUUAAACAUAAUGGACAACCUAUACCAAAUGAACAAAACAUUCGAACUGUAGCAAGAAACAUUCUACUACCAGAGCAUGUAAACAAUUCAAUUCCAAAUAAACUUUCCUUAGAUAAAAAUCAAGAGAUUUUAAAUGUUGUUCAAAAAACAAAUAACUCUUUAAUUAAUUCAGAACAAGAUGCUCUUAAAAACAAUUCCAAACAUACAUUGAAACAGACUAUUUUAGAAGUCAAUCGUAAGCAGGAAAUACGCAAUCUAGGAAGAUUUCCAACGAGGCCUGCAAAUGCCCCUGUUUUAGUUGUAAUGGUUCAUAAACGUUUAGAAUAUUUACGCUUUCUGAUUGAUUCUUUUCGAGAAGCGAAGGAUAUAAGUGAAACACUACUAAUCUUCAGCCAUGAUUUUUAUUCCGAAGAUAUCAAUGCAUUGAUUAAACAAAUUGAUUUUUGUCAGACAAUGCAGAUAUUUUACCCCUAUUUACUUCAAAUUUAUGAAAAUGAGUUCCCUGGAGUAGACCCAAACGACUGUCCACGAAAUGUGGAUAGAAAAAAAUGGAGGACCGAAAUAGGUCAUUACAAGUUGAAAUAGCGCACUGUCUACAGU